UGCCUUUCUGCCGCACCAUCCGUCUGUCUCUGUGUGCCUCAGGACCGCAACAGAGGUACAGGACUGCGAACUGCAGUUUGCCCGAGAUAAUUGCUGGACUGUCUGUAAAGCAUCUGGAGAAUCGUGUUACCUGCUCUUGCAGCAAAGAUGUUGCGAAGGAAAGCCUCCAACGCCUCUGAGAAGGAGCCAGCUCGGGUGGAGAAGAAAAAGCUCUCGCUGCAGAGAUCCAGCAGUUUCAAAGACUUCAUGAAGCCCAAGCCAUCCUCUCCUGUGGUGACCGAUAAGGAGUUCCCCCUGGGUGAACCGCUGGUGGAGGACGUGCCCCUGGAGGACACUGGGAAGAGCAGUGGCAAACUGGGGAAGAAGUGGCGGGCCGUCAUCACCCGAACCAUGACCCGCAAGACCUCCAAGAUGGUGCAGAAAGCCCUAGCAGAGGAAGGGCUGGAGAGCGGUGAAGACAGCCCCGUGUCCCCCGCGUUCAGCGACUGGGCCCCAGACCUUACCAGCCAGCGGACCUCCAUGUGCUCCAGUGAGUCGGAGGAUUCCACGCACCCAGCCCUGUCCCGGCAGCUGUCUGGCUGUGGCGACAGGCAGAGCCUGGACAGCGGCUACAGCCAGAGAGACAGCAUGCGGCUAGAAGACAGCACCUACAGCGGGCCGUUCUGCGGCCGCGCCCGUGUGCACACCGACUUCACGCCCAGCCCCUACGACAUAGAGUCCCUGAAGCUGCAGAAAGGCGAUAUCAUCGACAUCAUCGAGAAGCCCCCGGUCGGGACCUGGACCGGAAAGCUCAACAACAAAGUGGGCUCCUUCAAGUUCAUCUACGUCACCAUCCUUCCUGAUGAGGUCACGCCACCCCAGAAGAGACGGAGCCGCAUCAGGCAGCAGCGGUGCAGACCGAAGACCCUGAUGGAGAUGCUGGAGAAGAUUGGCCUGACCGACCUCAACCCCCUCCUCUCCAUGCACUUUGAGAAUCUAGACCACUUCCGGGAGCUGAAGGAAUCUCACCUCAACGAGCUCAACAUUACAGACCCUGAGCUCCGUACCAAGAUCCUAAAUGCCGCAGAGAUGCUGCUCGACUCCGACAGCGAGGGAGAUGAAGCCGACGGAGAGGAGAAAACCGGCACACCGAGGGACUCGGGCUGCUUCGAGAGCAACGAGAACCUGGAGAAUGGACGCGAGGAGGCAGAAACAGGGCUGGCACCAGAAGCGGACACAGCGUUGGAACCGAAAGCACAGCAGGAAGCAGAACCGGGCCUUGCAGACACCCAGAACCUGCUGCAGGGUCUAUCAGUAGAAGACACAUCCUAGGAGAGGUGAGUCGGGCCUUACCUACCAAUUUACGGAUGGACCAGAACUGUUGUUGAAAAACUGCUGGAUGUACAGUCUGCGGUCAAGACCGAAGCUCCUCCUCCCUUGCCUGUCCAUGUGCUCCACUUCACGCCAUUGACAUCCCGUCUAGUUAAGAGGCUGUGUGGCUUAGUGACGCUUUUGAUGGACUUCUGAGCUGGCUUCUAGCGUCCUGAGACUGUCUCGGUCUCUCUGGAUGGCUAGUGCUGUAGCAUCCAGCUUAACGACUGAAGGUAAGCUGUGCUCGAUAUGUACGGAUAUCCACGCAGAAAAGCUGUGAAGUUACCAUACCCUCAACGCAGUGAGCUGCUCUUCGAACCCCAGCCAUGACUGAGAGGGCUCUCUUCCUGCAUUUAAAACUUUUUCAGCAUUUCUGAAGAAUGUAUUUUUUUCUUGUAUAUACUGCAUCAUUCCUGUACUCUCUUUUACUCUUCUGUUGUAUGAGUUUUCAGUUUUUGAUUGUCUUGUUUGUAUUGAACCACAUCUUACAGUCCAAAAGAGCUGUACAGGUAUAACUUUUUACAUUUUGAAUGUAUUUUUUUUUUUUUAAAUAAAAUACUUUUUAAACUGAA